AAUGCGUGAAAUCGUUCAUCUCCAAGCCGGUCAAUGCGGCAAUCAAAUUGGUGCCAAGUUUUGGGAGGUGAUCUCAGAUGAGCACGGCAUCGAUCCUACAGGCACCUAUCACGGGGAUUCGGAUCUUCAGCUGGAGCGAAUCAAUGUUUACUACAACGAAGCCUCCGGACCGAAAUAUGUACCGCGCGCGAUUCUGGUGGACCUUGAACCCGGCACGAUGGACUCCGUGCGUUCGGGGUCCUUCGGGCAAAUAUUCCGACCUGACAACUUUGUGUUCGGGCAAUCGGGGGCCGGCAAUAACUGGGCCAAAGGUCACUAUACCGAGGGCGCCGAGCUGGUCGAUUCGGUGCUCGACGUAGUGAGGAAGGAGGCGGAAAGCUGCGAUUGUCUUCAGGGUUUUCAAUUAACGCAUUCGCUGGGAGGUGGUACCGGAUCCGGAAUGGGCACUCUGCUCAUCACGAAAAUCCGAGAGGAAUAUCCGGAUAGGAUCAUGAGCACCUUCUCCGUCGUACCCUCUCCGAAAGUCUCCGACACCGUUGUAGAACCUUACAACGCCACCCUGUCGGUUCAUCAACUGGUGGAGAACACGGAUCAAGCUUAUUGCAUCGACAACGAAGCGCUCUACGACAUUUGCUUCCGUACUUUAAAAUUGACUACACCCACGUACGGUGAUCUGAAUCAUCUAGUCUCUGCUACCAUGUCUGGUGUGACAACCUGUCUAAGAUUUCCCGGCCAAUUGAAUGCUGAUUUGAGGAAGCUCGCGGUGAAUAUGGUGCCGUUUCCCCGAUUGCACUUCUUCAUGCCAGGUUUCGCGCCUCUCACAUCCCGAGGAAGCCAACAGUAUCGAGCUCUCACCGUGCCGGAGCUUACCCAGCAGAUGUUCGACGCCAAGAACAUGAUGGCUGCUUGCAAUCCACGUCACGGACGUUAUCUCACCGUGGCGGCCGUGUUCCGUGGCAGAAUGUCGAUGAAAGAGGUCGAUGAGCAGAUGCUCAACAUCCAGAACAAGAACAGCUCGUUCUUCGUCGAGUGGAUACCGAACAAUGUAAAGACAGCGGUAUGCGAUAUUCCGCCCCGUGGCCUCAAGAUGUCCGCUACCUUCAUCGGCAAUUCCACGGCCAUACAAGAAUUGUUCAAGAGAAUUUCCGAACAAUUCACGGCGAUGUUCAGGAGGAAGGCCUUCCUCCACUGGUACACCGGCGAAGGCAUGGAUGAGUUGGAAUUCAACGAGGCGGAAUCGAACAUGAACGACUUGGUAUCGGAGUAUCAACAGUAUCAAGACGCGACAGUUGAGGAUGAUGAAAUAGAUGAGGAAGAAAUGGAGAAGUAAAAGAAAGAGAGGAACUUAAUACGGACUUAACUUUUUUGACGAUUCUUUCUUUUGUAUAUGUUACUUUUGCUUUUUUUACUAAUAUUUUACAGCAUUUUGUAUGUCGUUUGUGUACACGCAUUUUGAGAAAAGAUUUCGACCAUUUGUACUGUUUUGUGAAGUUUACAAUAAAUAAUAUGUUGUGGCAGAAACAUGGAAUAAGUUUCAUGGCCGCAAAUUAAUUAAAGACUUAUUCUAAGCACGCUAUAUUCCGAUCGUUUAGGAAUCACACACAAAUUACUUCUCGCGCUGUCGACAGUAUCAUUUGUAUCUGUUAAUGACAUUGUCCAUAUAGCGUGAUAAAUAACGCGUCUCUUAAAUACGAGUAUUCGCAGGCUUUUAGAGACGCGAUUCUCGUUAUCGAACUCCAUAUCGUCCUUCUGGCCAACUGACAUUGAUGAAGCCAAGGCCUCGGCAAAAAUUGGCGAUUGCGCAUUAUCUCAUCGGUGCCCCGCGAGGGCAAACACUUUAUUAUUGCGUGCAAUAACGGAGAACGCGUGUUAUUGCCUGAGCCGUUCCGAACUGCGACAAGCAAAAAUGCUGGGCAAAUCCGGGUGUGUCGAUUUUAAUGCGAUUUCUGCUGCAACAUCAACCUAACAAUGUUUUCGAGAAAUUAUAGCAAUACAAUAGAAAUUAUGAUUUGGUCAGAUAAUAAAUAUUACAAAAGUGAUUGCAAAAAUGUUUUGACAGAUCGCGCAUUGUGUGAUUCAAGAAAAGAUUGUUUGGUGUAAGACAGAUUGAAAGACCACAGCGAUAUUUUAUCCUAAAAAUUAGAGGUAUUAUUACAAAGAUAAAAAUUAUUAAAAAGAAAAAUAUAAUUAAAAAAAAAAUGAUGCUACUUUUAGCUUCUAAUUGUCUUGAGAUCGAUAUUUACGAACGAUAUCUGUAUCGAUACUAUUAUCGAUACUAAGAUAGCGUAGAGCGUAGCAUUUAGUUUGCACGAUAUUGAAAUUUUGUAUGUAUAACAUGUUAUGUUUAAUCAUAUUGUAAAAUUAGAAACAAAAAUGUAGUUGUUCAGAUUAAAAGAAUUAUCAAUUCUUUGAUUCAAAUUUCAAAAUUAUCCCAGUUGAUAUAUUCACAAUGAGAGAAAUUGUGCACGUGCAAAUAGGGCGUUGCGGUAACCGUAUUGGAAAAAUGGUGACUAUAUUAACCUGUUUUACAUCCUGAAACACACGCUAUGUCUUUUGUAAUGUAAUGUGCAAAUAUAAUGUAUAUUUCAUUUUUCGUAAAAAAA